AUGGUGUCUAAGAAAGAAGUGGAUAUGAUCAAACCAAAGAUAAUUGUUCUAAUUACAAGAAGUAUGGAGAAGGAUGAGACAGUUCUUACAACUCAACGACAAAGGAAACCUGACUUAAAAAGUGGACUCUUCAAGAAAUCUGGAAAAAUGUUUGUGGGUUUGAAUGGUGUGGGCAAAAUCAGUCUUUUUCACAUGCUCAAACAUGACAUAUUUACCCAACAUAUUCCAACACACCCCACAUCAGAAGAGCUGAUAAUAGAAAUGACGUUUACAACUUUUGUUCUUGGUGGUCAUAAGCAAGUAUGUCAGACUUGGAAAAAUUAUCUUCCAGCAAUUAAUGGAAUUGUCUUUCUGAUGGGCUGUGCAUGUCAUAUCCACCCGAUGGAAUCCAAAGUUGAGAUUAAUGUUUUAAUGAAUGAUGAAACAUACAAUAUGAAAAUCCCUAUCCGAGGUAACAAUAUCAGCAGAAAAGAUGCAAUCAGCAAAAAAGAAAAAGAAAAAAACCUUUAUGUGAUAUUUGGGCUUUAUGAACAGAAUAUAGGAAAGAGGAAGAUCACAAAUGUGACUUUGAAAGAAUUUAAUGCCCACCCCAAGUGCAGAGUGCUCCUGAAGCAAGGCUAA